AUGUCGCCCAACACUGCAGACAGCCUCAUUGCAGCGGUUGCCGAACGCCGAUCGGUCUACAAACUCUCUGGUGAAACCACCAUCUCCAAGGAAAGGCUGGGAGAGAUCGUCCAGAAAGUCCUCUUGGCCACUCCGUCCGCCUUUAACACACAAAGCACCCGCAUCAUUGUCUUGCUGGGAGACGAGCACCGAAAACUAUGGGACAUCGUCCGCGCCGGAGUGACGCCCCUCGUGGCAGCGGAACAGGCACAGGCGACCGAGUCCAAGAUCACCGGAUUUCAGGGAGCUUAUGGCACGAUCCUCUUCUUCGAGGACCCGACGCCGUUUGAGCCUCUUCAGGCGUUUAAGAUGUAUGCCGAUAAGUUCCCCGGCUGGCGUGAACAGACAAGUGGCAUGCACCAAUUGCUCGUCUGGACCGCACUGGAAGCAGAGGGGCUGGGAGCAAAUGUGCAGCAUUAUAAUCCCCUCAUCGACGAAAAGGUACAGCAGACCUGGUCUGAGAAAAUCCCGCGUGAGUGGCAGCUAUUGUCCCAGAUGGUCAUUGGGAAGCCAGUGGGAGAGAUGCCGCCGGCAAAGGAAAAGAAGCCUGUUGAGGGGAGAUUCGCCAUCCUUGGUUGA